UGGUUUCCCUUCUUCAAAAAGUGAACGUUUUGGUGUGGAAAUGCGUGGUGUUGAGAACGAGAAACUUUUGUUCAACUGUUUUCGAACUCUUGUGUCCACUAGGUGUUGUCUUUCUGUUAUAUUAUAUAUUGUCAUUGUUGCAUGGCCAAACUAUAAGAGAAGAGCGCAAUAAGGUCGAGAAUUUGCUACCUACUACAGACAUUUUCAAAACCAGAUUCAGAGCAGAGUACAUCGCUUACACCCCUGAUAUAAUCGAGACUAAUAGAAUAAUGGCAAGACUUAAAGAGUCACUUGACAGAUCUAAAGUAAGAACAUUUAAUUCUUUAUAUAGCAUUUACCCUUCACCAGAUACAUUCGUUAAAGCUACUGAAAGUGAAGAAGAUCUUGAACUGUGGCUGACCGACUUGACUGCAGAGAAAAAGAGUGGCUCCCCGAAUGGUCAGAAUGAAAAGCCUCCGACAGCAAUAGGCAUUGUGUUUACGGACAUAAAUACAGCAACACAAACCUACAGGUACAAACUGAGAACGGUGAAUCACGAAAUGCCAACUCGGGACGAACCGUACCUCAGCGUUCUCGAAAUGUUUUCUCAGUACAUUGUAUCUUCGUUUCUGAACACGCAAAUUUAUCUCGACAAAGAACUGCUACACAGUGCCGGCUUGAGAGAGCAGAGCGGACAGAGACAGUUCGGUCCUUUACCUGAACCUGAAAAAUUGUCCCAAUCAUCUUUCGUAUUUUUGUACUACAUGUUGAUGUUUGCAUACGUAUUCCUUGUAUCGUCUGUUGUAACAAACGUUGUUGAAGAAAAGUCAAGCGGCAUCAAGGACUACUUGCGUGUCAUGGGAGUUUCUAGAUGGAUGAUAUGGGGGAAUUGGUUCAUAUACACUCUGAUGGUGCACAUACCUGUGACAGUGGGCAUGACGGUAAUAUUGGCUGUUCUGAAACCUGUCGUCGUCCAAGCCAACGCACUGUUAGUUUGGUGUCUAUUUUUUCUAUACACACUGACAACCUUGGCUAUAUUGUUUACAGCAACUUGUAUUUUUAAGAACCCCCUGAAAGGUCUAACUGUCUGCUUGGUUUUGUGGUUUGUUGUCCACGUAAGUCAAGUCUCUUUUUGGAAAGUUUUGCCCAGUUCGAGUACGGUUCAAGUACUCCAUUGUUUGAUUCCCCUGGUCAACCUUUGCUUGGCGUUUCAAACGAUCGGCUCAUUCAGCGAUAACGACAAAGUUUGGACCCUGGGAGAUCUGUUCAGUACAGGCCACUACGCCAGCCGUGUAUCAGUUGGUGUCACCCUCAUUAUAUUUAUUUUAGAGUUUAUCUUUUUCUUGUUCAUUCUCACAGUCUUAGAUGACGCAAUGCCAGGGAUUUACGGGGCAUCUACACUGCGUUUACCAUGCGUUACGUGGUGGAAAAACAAUUUCAGUAAAAAUGCUACUCAAAACGUGUUAAGUUCUAAAGUAACUUUUCCUAAAACCUUUGAAGUGCCGCCCAAAGACGCGAAGGUUGCUAUUGAGAUACGUGGCUUAAGAAAGGAGUACGGUUGGUUCAAUAAAGUGGUCGCAGUAGACAAUGUGGAUCUUGAUAUUUACAGCGGUGAAAUCAUGGCACUACUCGGGUUUAACGGUGCCGGAAAAACGACAACGAUGUCUAUCAUUGCAGGCAUGUUUCCUCCAACGAGCGGCAGGAUCUUGUUUGACGGCAGAGAACUAUCGCGUUACAGAGACGACCUCAGCCUUUGCACACAGCACAAUAUUUACUUCCCUAAACUAACAGUAUUGGAACAUCUCGUAUUCUUCGGACUCCUGAGAGGCAUGUCUCGAAAAGAGGCUAGAAGAAAUGGCAAGGAGAUACUCGGGAACCUUGGCAUUCUGAACAAAAAAAAUUCGUUUGCCAAAAAACUAUCUGGAGGGAUGAAAAGAAGAUUGUGCCUCGCCUUUGCAUUCGUGGGGUCCUCCAAAGUCCUCGUGUUGGACGAACCAACUUCAGGAUUGGAUACGGAAACGAGGACUCUCAUUUGGGACGUCGUUGCGGGCUUCCGUGGGCAGCGUACAGUGAUAAUCACGACUCACGAUAUGGAAGAGGCAGACGUUUUAGGUGACAGAAUAGCGAUUAUGGAUCAAGGAAGGGUUGUAUGUUACGCUACGAUGUUUUUAAAAACGAUAUACGGCACAGGUUACAACAUACAUGUUUUGAAAAAUCCCAAAGCACCAGCAAAUUAUAUUAUUGACUCAGUGAAAUCUAAAAUAACGCUAUCCAGAGUAAAAGUAGUUUCGUCUUCUCAGGUUGACUUUAUUGUGACAGAAUCCCACAUGGAGAAUUUUCCAAGGCUGUUUGAAGCCUUGGAAAGGAACGGAUCCAGCCUCGGUAUCAAUGGAAUAUCUGUCACCCACACGACCAUGGAAGACGUGUUCCUGAAUGUCGCAUCCACUUGUGAAGAGGAUGACGGUAAGAACGCUGAAAAAUUGCGGAUCAUAGAAAUUAUGUCGAGGGAUGCUAACUACGUCUUUAUUGAGAGUUGGGAGUUGUAUGUCCAACAGUUUAAAGCGUUGGUUUGGAGGAGGAUGGUUACUAUUCGUAGAAACAUUUUAUCGCUUUUGAUACGAAUAAUAGUUACAAGUCUUUUGUUAUACAUUAUGAAUCACUAUUUACUGUCGGACGAGACAGAUGAGACAGAAAGUUCUUUGAAGUUGAAUUUGGAGCUGUACAAAGAUACGAUUACUCCUAUUGUUUAUGAUGGCAACAACGAAAGAAUUGCUGACAUUGCUUCAGAUUUCGUAAAACAAUCAGGUGGAGAAGUUGAAUUGUUUCCGAACGAGACAGACUUUACAAAGUAUUUAAUGAAAAUGAUCGAAGAAGACGAAAGAAAGUAUUCUGGACACGUACUAUUCUCCAGUUCAUUCAUAGGGGAUAAUAUUACAAUGCGUUACCAACCUGAGAGAUCAGUUCAUAUGGAAUCUAUUCUUGUUAAUAUGAUGAGCAACAUCGUACUACAGAACUUCACAGGCGGCAAGGGAAGUAUUGAAGUAACUAACCAACCAAUUCAAUUAAAAUAUGAUGAUGAAGACAAGAUGGAUGUUAUUGCAAUAGUUCCAUUUUUAUGGGGUUUCAUUUUCUUUAUACUGUUCGUAAUGUUUAUGUCAUUCUUCGUUCGUUAUGUAACAGAAGAAAAGGCGAGCGGUUUGAAACAUCAGAUGGUGAUGGCAGGGACACCUAUGUUACUCUACUGGGUUGGUAAUUUUGUUUUUGACUACCUCAUCUACCUGUGUUGGGCUUCGGUAUUUUUGCUAACUUUACUCCUUUCCGGUCAUAAUUAUGUACUGUUGAGCUCAUCAUUAACAAUUUUGCUCGUUGUUGUUUUAAUUCUAUAUGGAAUCAGUGGUUUAUUUUUUAUUUACUUCCUUUCAUUUCUGUUUAAGAAUCCCGUCACUUGUGGUCUGAUGUUUUAUUUAAUUAAUUUAGUAUUUGCGUUAUUUCCCAUUAUUGUGAUUCCAAUGAUUUCUGGCCUGAAUAUUUCACCCAGCAUUACUGACGCCUUGUUGUUGAUAUGCAGCUUUAACCCGACUUUUGCAGCAUUGUUAUGCAUCAAUUCCAUCGCUAAAGACUUAGUUUUGGAAUAUUCUUGCAAAGAGUCCGACACAGACUGCGAAGAAACUCGUAGAAGUUCUGCUUUAAUUUUUCCAAGCAAAGAUAAGCCUGAUGGGAUGUUGCAGCAUUUUCUGAUUUUAGCAUUAAGUUGGGUUUGUUACUUAACUAUCAUAUUGAUAAUCGAUUGGGGAUGUUUCCGAACCAUGUUCUUGAUAUUGCUCCAUAGGAAAUCUAAGUCAUCUUCGACACCUGAAGAGGAUGAAGACGUUUCUGCAGAAAGAGAAACGAUAAACAAAUUACUUAACAACAAAGAAAGGCCACUCGAUUUACCGUUGAUUGUAGAAAACAUAGAAAAGAAGUAUCUUUGUGGUCCGAGGGCUGUGAACAGAGUUAGUUUUCUGGUAAGGCCCGGUGAGUGUUUUGGACUUCUGGGGGUGAACGGUUCAGGGAAAACCACAACGUUCAAAGUCCUCACCGGGGACGUUCUUCCCGAUCGAGGCAACGCUUUUAUGUACGAAUACAGUGUGUUGUCAGAGAGAGAAACGUAUUUGAAAAAUGUAGGCUAUUGCCCUCAAGAAAACGCUUUCACGAACGACAUGACAGUGCAUGAAACUUUAACGUUUAUCGCCAAAUUACGGGGCAUCCCCAGGGGCGAAGUUAGUGAUGAAGUCGAGAGGUGGAUGAAAGUCUUGGGGAUAGAACAACACUCUAGGAAACUGACAGGUGCACUGAGCGGAGGGACCAAGCGAAAGUUGAGCACCUCCAUGUCUCUGAUAGGAGAUCCGGUGGUGGUAUUCCUGGACGAGCCGACGACAGGGGUGGAUCCUGUUUCCAAGCGCAACUUAUGGGACUUGGUGCAAGCCCGCCAGAGAGCAGGCCAGUCGUUGGUCAUGACGUCACACAGCAUGGAGGAGUGCGAGGCGCUGUGCACGCGCUUGACCAUCCUCAGAGACGGCGAGAUGAAGUGCAUCGGCACCUCGGAGUAUCUGAAGAACAAGUUCGGCAAAGGCUAUACGGUCCUACUCAAACUGAUCGACCCCAAUGAAGAACUGCUGACUCAGCUGAAGAUAAACUUCCGGAAGAUCUUUCCUGAAUCCAUAAUCAAAGACAUACACACCACGUAUAUCAACUACCAUAUUCUCGACUCCAUUCCUCUGUCUUUCCUAUUUUCAAAACUGCUAGAGUUGAAGUCUCAGCACAAAAUCAUUGAAGACUUCUCAGUGCGUAACAUAUCCCUCCAGGAAUUGUUUAUGUCCUUUGCUCCCCAACGAAGAUGAAAUCAAACAAAACUUAAUCUGUGCACGUAAAAUGAACGCUACGGUCCAACAUGCAUUUUCGUAAUGCUACGUUACGAUACUGUCAAUUUGUACGCUUUCAUAGAUGUUAUGUUGUAAUCGGCAAAUAUGAAUGUCCAAUAAAUCUAUUAUUUUAUUGUAA